AUGGCUUCCUCCCUGGCUCUGCGCGCUGCCCAGCUGGUCCCCAGCGCCUUCGUGGGCACCACCCUGGCCAGCAAUGCCUCCGAGGGCAAGAUCCAGAUGAGGAGGACUGUCAAGUCCGCCCCCUCCAGCCCCUGGUACGGGCCGGACCGCCUCAAGUGGCUGGGCCCCUUCUCCGGGGAGACCCCCAGCUACCUGACCGGUGAGUUCGCUGGAGACUACGGCUGGGACACCGCCGGCCUCUCCGCUGACCCCGAGACCUUCGCCAAGAACCGCGAGCUGGAGCUCAUCCACGCCCGGUGGGCCAUGCUCGGUGCCCUGGGGUGCAUCACCCCUGAGCUCCUGGCCGGCAACGGCGUCAAGUUUGGCGAGUCUGUCUGGUUCAAGGCUGGCUCUCAGAUCUUCGCCCCCGGCGGUCUGGACUACCUCGGCAACCCCAGCCUCGUCCACGCCCAGUCCAUCCUGGCCAUCCUCGGAUCCCAGGUCAUCCUCAUGGGUGCCAUUGAGGGAUACAGAGUGAACGGCGGACCCCUCGGCGAGAUUGAGGACCCCCUGUACCCCGGCGGCCAGUUCGACCCCCUGAACCUGGCUGAGGACCCCGACACCUUCGCUGAGCUCAAGGUCAAGGAGAUCAAGAACGGAAGACUUGCCAUGUUCUCCAUGUUCGGCUUCUUCGUCCAGGCCAUUGUCACCGGCAAGGGCCCCAUUGCCAACUUGAACGACCAUCUGGCUGACCCCGCUGUCAACAACGCCUGGGCCUAUGCCACCCAGUUCGCCCCUGGACAGUAA